CAUAUGUACCGUUUUGUUAAGUCUCUCAAAUCCAAUUUGUAGGAGAAUGAGAUUUGUUGUUAAUUAAUUUUGUCGGCUUUAUCGAUAAAAAAUAAUUACGAUAAAAAAUUAAUAAUCAAAUUGUGCGUAAACGUUCGGUCUUGCAUCGUUAAUAUUUAUUUACAUAAGAAACACAUCAAUUUGUUUUUAAGUAAUAUAGAAAAUAAUAUUUUUUUUGUUUGUCAUAAGUAAUAAGAAUUUUUGUUUCUUUUUUUUUUUUCUUUUUUUUUUUUAAUUAUAGAGAAGUUUAAGUAAAGUCAAGUGCAUCAAAAAAUAUUUAUCAAUCAUUCGUCAAGUACGUGAAAAGAAAAUCCCAAAGGAUGUCUACGUUGGAAGAUAAAAUUUUAGGAGAGAAAAGUCAUUACUAUUGUAGUAGCUCCAGCGAUGAUGAAAAUGAUAGUGAGGAUUUUGAUAAAGAAGUUGAUAAAGAAGAAGACAAAUAUAUAACACGUUCAGAUGCAUCUUCUUACUCCAAUGCACCUUCUUAUUCAGAAUGGGAUGGAUCCUCCAGUAAUACAGGACCAAAAGGUGUCCUUAAAGAUUGGCAACGAUUCAAACAAAUAGAAACAGAAAAACAAGCAGUACUUGCAAAAGAGAGAAUAGAAUUAAUUAAGAAAUUAAGUCUUUCAUGUCGCACUGAUUUAGAUGAAGAAAAAGAAAAAUUGGAAGAAACAGAUCCAGAACUUGCUGAUCUAUUAACAGAUGAAUUUCUAAUAACUUAUCAAAAACAAAGAAUGAAAGAAAUGCUUGCAAAAGCAGAAAAACUACGUUUUGGACAACUCAUUAAUUUAGAAACAGCAGAUCAAUUUGUAGAAGCUAUUGACAAUGAGGAUAAAUCAGUGACCAUUAUUAUUCAUAUAUAUGAAGAUAAAGUUAUUGGAUGCAAAACUAUGAAUGGAUGUUUAACAGCUCUUGCAGAGGAUUAUCCUUUUGUCAAAUUCUGCAAAAUUUCAGGAUCUGUGGCUGGAUUGAGUAAACAUUUUAAACAGAAGGGUGUCCCUGCUUUAUUAGUCUAUAAACAAGGACAAAUAAUUGGAAAUUUUGUCCAAUUGACAGAACAAUUGGGAUCAGAUUUUUAUGCUUCUGACGUAGAAUCAUUUUUAAUAGAAAAUGGAAUGUUAGCCGAUAGAAGCUGUGUACCUAGCAUUAUUUCAGGCAUAAAACAAGAACCAUGUUAAUAAGAAUGUACUUUAUUAAGUAAUAAGUAAAAACAUAUUUCUAAGCAUCA